AAAUUGGCGAACGUGAGUGCAAGAGAAGAUCAACUCGAGAUAGAGAAAUUCUUGGAGAAUUACAAUUCUCUCAAGACCACCAGAUACUCUUAUUCUGAGGUUAAGAAGACGACUAAACAAUUUAAAUGCAAAUUAGGACAAGGAGGCUAUGGCAGUGUGUUCAAAGGGGAGCUCUCAAAUGGAAUUCUUGUUGCUGUAAAGAUCCUCAAAGAACCAGCAGCCAAUGAUGGAGAUGAUUUUAUCAACGAAGUGGGCACCAUCGGUAGGAUUCACCAUGUCAAUGUGGUUCGUCUUCUUGGGUACUGUGCAGAUGGAUACAAGAGAGCCUUGAUCUAUGAAUUCAUGCCCAAUGAAUCACUAGCAAAAUUCAUAUUCUCAUCAGAAGAUGCUGCUAACAACCCUCUUCGACAUUGGGAGAAGAUUCAGGACAUUGCAAUAGGUAUAGCGAGAGGAAUUGAAUACCUUCAUCAAGGUUGUGACCAGCGUAUCCUCCAUUUUGAUAUGAAGCCUCACAAUAUUCUACUGGACAAAAAUUUUAAUCCCAAAAUUUCUGAUUUUGGGCUGGCAAAGUUAUGUGCCAAAGGUCAAAGCAAUGUAUCAAUGACAGCUGCUAGGGGAACAAUGGGUUAUAUUGCACCAGAAGUCUUCUCCUGGAACUUUGCCAAUGUUUCCUCUAAAUCAGAUGUUUACAGUUUUGGGAUGCUGUUGCUUGAAAUGGUGGGAGGAAGGAAAAAUAUAGAUGUCUCAGUGGAGCACUCCAGCCAAGUAUACUUCCCUGAAUGGAUUUAUAAUCGCUUACAUCAAGGGGAAGAGCUAGGUUUGAGGAUGGUUGCAGAUGAAGAUGCUGAAAUUGCAAGGAGAUUGACUAUUGUUGCAACUUGGUGCAUACAGUGGUACCCAUCAGGUCGCCCUUCAAUGAAUGCUGUGAUUCGGAUGCUGGAAGGAGAAAUUGAUAAUUUGGAAAUGCCACCUAACCCUUUUGUUUCAACAGCUCCAGGAGAGGCAGAGGCUGGGGCAGAGGCUGAGGCAGCAAUCUUGGAGGGAUCACAAGGCCCAACUCUAGCAGUCAUCACUGAAGAAGUCCAGAGAACAGAGGAGCCAAAGCAAGAACGCACUUUCCUCGAUUACACAAGAAAAUACUUCGUGGAUGAAAUUCUGUACCACAAGAAUCUUAUAAGAAUUGUCGACCCUGGUUUACAGAGAGGGAAUUGCUCUUCUAUGCCUCGCUAUUCUAACUUAUCUGAUCACCUUGAUUAUUCAGUCUACUAUUUGGAAACAGAUGUGAAAGUCAUCACAUUCGUGGGUUGUUCGUCACCAGUCAAGAAUCACACAGCUUACAUAUCUACCUCUCCUUGCAUCAAUGGAAGUGGAAGCUCCUCACACCCAUUUUCAUAUGUCCUUGUUGGGAUGCCAGUCUCUGCACUCCUCCCAAACUGCGAAGUUGUACGUAAUUCUCCUAUGUCAGCAGAGACAAUACUGAUGAACCACACAUAUCCAGAAAUUCACAAGGCUUUGCUUAUUUCAGGCUUUCUUAUGCUUGACUAUUUAUAUCAUACAGGUUUCUUAAAACUCCUUGCAGACGUAUUCCCUCAGAUACUUUUUGUUUUUGUCCAAGUGAUGAAGAUAAUUGGGUACAUCAUGAUAGGAAGGACAUCAUUUGGGAUAUUGUGCCUCUCAGCCUUUGUUAUCUACAAAUUACACAGAAAACAUCUGUCAAUGGAUGACAGAAUUGAGGAGUUCUUAACUAACUACAGGAAUCACACGCCAAUGAGGUAUUCAUAUUGGGAAAUUUGGAUGUUGACCAGAUGUUUCAAAGAAAUAUUAGGCCAAGGAGGCUUUGGCUCUGUAUACAAAGGAGUGCUUCUCAACGGCCAUCCGGUUGCCGUAAAGAUGUUGAGCAAGACUAAAGGGAAUGGGCAAGACUUCAUCAAUGAAGUUGCGACAAUUGGAAGGAUUCAUCACAUUAAUGUUGUGCAACUAAUUGGAUUCUGUGCAGCGGGAUCAAAGAGGGCUCUUCUAUAUGAAUUCAUGCCAAAUGGAUCUCUGGAUAAGUAUAUAUUUGCUCAAGAUUCUAAAAGCAACACUCUAAGCUGGGACAAGUUGUAUGACAUUGCCAUAGGAAUUGCUCGUGGAAUUGAUUAUCUACAUCGAGGUUGUGAUAUGCGGAUUUUACGUUUUGAUAUCAAGCCCCACAACAUUCUUCUUGAUGAGAACUUUACUCCAAAAGUUUCAGAUUUUGGGCUUGCAAAACUCUACCCAACCGAUGAUAGUAUUGUAUCUGUAACUGCUGCACGAGGAACAAUAGGUUACAUGGCUCCUGAACUAUUUUACAGAAAAUUUGGAGGAGUUUCAUAUAAAUCUGAUGUUUAUAGCUUUGGAAUGUUAUUGAUGGAAAUUGCUGGAAGAAGGAAAAAUGUCAACCCAUUUGUCGAUCAUACAAGCCAAAUUUACUUCCCAACAUGGAUAUAUGAUCGUUUGGACCAUGAAGAAGAAUUGGAUUUGGGGACUGAAACAGAGGACGAAAAGGAUAUAGUGAAGAAACUGAUUAUAGUUGCAUUAUGGUGCAUACAAAUGAAGCCAAUCGAUCGUCCUUCAAUGAGCAAAGUCAUAGAAAUGCUAGAGGGCAGUGUAGAACUUCUGCAAAUGCCACCCAAGCCCUCCUUAACAUCUCCACCUCGGGACCUUGAUGAAGCUCAUGAAGCUAUCUCAAAUUCAGCAUAUCUAGCAAUUUCUUGUGAAUCAAAUGCCUCCUCCACGGAUUCCAUUAUCUCAAAUGUGAAUGUAUAACAAUUGUUGCAAUUUUUUUUCUCAAUUUCUUUAAUC